AUGGCCGAACCAACGCUUGAGGGUCUGCCUACAGAGCUCAAGAUCCUGAUUUUAUUUCGAGUCCCCGACGGCGACACUCUCAAAUCCCUCGUGCUUGCAUCGCCUGGCUACCAUAGUUCGUACCUUGCGGCGAGACAAGGAGUACUUGGAUGUCUUGUUAAACGGCAAUAUAAUGGAUUCCUCGAUAUAGCCGAGGCACUCACUGCUAUCCGGUCUGAAGGUCUGCAUUUUACCCUCCAGAGGGAAAACGCAAUCUCCUUGCUGGACCAGUGGCGUCGCAGAGAUGAGCUUCGCGAGCUCAAUCAAUCCUCGUCAAAUCGGCUACCCGAGCCUGCCGGCCUGGAGGAAAUUAUAAAGCUAUUACAUUUCCACAAAAUUCUACGUUUCUUCCUCGAAGAUCAUUCAAUCAACGCACCAAGACCACCCUGGAUUCAGCCUGUUCAAUGGGAAGCGCAGCUGCCUUUAUGCUUGUCACAAUCUGAAAAGUGCCGUUUUCUACGAGCAUUGUGUCGAUUACAAGCUUUGACGAACAUCUUCGGAGACUCAGACGGGGAGCCAGACGGUCGGUUUAUAAUCUGGCAGUUACCCAACACAUAUGAAUCAGAAGACCCCCGGAAUUAUACAAUGACAUGCAUAUUCGAGAGACGGCAUAUCGGGUAUCUCAUCUCCAAAGCCGCGGUUAUCGCGCAGGAGAUUUCAGAUGAUUUAGGGCAACUCAGCAAGAGUACAUCGUGCGAAUUCUUCUGGGAUAUUCUUCCCCGUGAUCAACGGCCACCUCCAUGUGAAAUCGAAAGCGAAUGGGAUCUUGUUCGCUUCCAGCAGCACUUCGCGGGACUAGCAGAACUAGGACCCGAAUUUCUUUACGGCGUUCUGCACAUGGAUCGGCUCUCUCGACGUAAUACCAUUUGCACCAGCACCGGCCACUUCUGGGCAGGGCCAUUCAUUGGACUUCGGCUUGAAUUCUCGCGGGCUGAUCGUUGA